AUGGAGGCGUUCAGCAGAGAAACAUUAAGGUCGUGGAGAAUACAAGUCCCCCAGACGAUCAAGGUGGGCAAUCAUUUAACAUCGUACUGGUCGAUUGGGAGAGUUCCGGUUGGUUUUCUGACUUCUGGGGAUUCUUUUAUGCAUCUUAUUCCCUUGAUGUCCAGGGGAAGAAGACUGGUCCUGGCGAGUUCAGGAAUUUGUUCAAGCAUGGCCCGCCGAGAUGGCCAUACUGGAAACGCUCAAGGCUGUAUGCUCAAAGGCACACGGGUCGAUUCAGCACUCGCAGUUCCGUUUCAUACCCAACUAUACAUACAAAGGAACCUAGGCGUACUACCCAAGAAGUCAAUUCAGAGAGGUGUAGGAGUGUGUAUUGUCAAUCUGUCUCUACCUGUUACUUGUAUCCUCCAUCUCUCUAUAAUUACAUAA